GUAUUUUUUGUUUAUGGUUUUUUGUUUAUUAUUUUAUUGACGAUGGAAAGCUUUGGUAAAUCCGAAGAUUUAUUACUCUGCAAUGUUAAUAAAAUAUGUCGAACCUGUUGCAAAACAAAGUCGGAAUCACUUCAUCAGAUAUUCAAUUCGGAAAUAAUUAUAGUAGACGAACACAUUUGUACAUCAAAAGUUUUAGUUGCUGUUUCUACGCUCCAAAUACAACCUGACGAUAAUCUCCCUAAAGGAAUGUGCUAUCCAUGUCUGGAAAGCUUAAAAAAAGCAUAUGCUUUUCAAAAAAUGUGUAAACUCUCAGAAACGUCUAUGCGAAGUUUAAUUUUUUCUAAUGACAUCCAAUUAAAUUGCAAACAUAAUGAAAUAUUUAGGAAACAAAUUGUUAAUGAGAAUGACGAACCCGUUACCCUUACAAUAGACUACUUCGAUCCAUCUAUUUCAAACCAAACCAAAAUUAAAGAAACAAAUAUUUUAAAAAAUCAAAAGGAGUGUGAUGGCUAUAAGGCGCAAGAAACUGAGGAACACAAACAGUGUAUAAAGAAAGAAGAAAUUGAAGACAACACGCUACCAGAACGUGAAACAGUUUAUCCCGAGUGUUCGGAUUCUGACAACAAUGAAGAGAAUUUAAUAGUAAAAAACGAGACUUCGAUAAUAGAUCCGGAAAUAGAAAGGCCGAAUCCUCGUAAUAAAAGAAAUGGUUGCUUCACUUGCGAAGAUUGUGGAAAAUCUUUCGAUCGUCAGCAUCGGCUGCGUCGUCAUUCAAGUGUUCACAAUAAAGAAGGUCGCCCAUUCGAAUGCGAACACUGCAAAAGAAGAUUCGCUCAGGAAGGGCAUUUGAAGCGUCAUGCUAUAAUCCACGAUAAAAUCUUUUUGGAACAUACAGAACCACAUAAAAAUAUAAAUGGACACCAGUGUCCUGAGUGCCCAAGAAAAUUCCUUAAACAAGUAUCAUUAGCUUCUCAUAUGAAAACUCAUCGCAAGGAAGUCGGUGUUUGCCAACGUUACCAAUGUGAUGAAUGUUCUAAGGUGUUUGAGGAACAACGUCGCCUUAAUAGACACAAAAAACUACACCGCGGGAACCGCAAAUACGUAUGUAAAACUUGUGGACAAACAUUCGGUUUUAAAUCGCAUUUAAUUGACCACCUUGGUAAACACAGCGGAAUUAAACCGCAUAUUUGCCGUUACUGUGGAAAAUCAUUUCAACAAAUAGGCACAUUGAACGACCACUUACGGACACACACUGGCGAGCAACCUUUUUUAUGUUCCGAGUGCGGAAAAGCAUUUAAAAGUGCAAGUAAUUUGAGACAGCAUGAGAUGCGACACAAAGAUGUUAAGCCCUUCCAAUGCCCAGAAUGUCCAAGUAGGUUUCCAUUAAAAAGCGACCUUUCCAAACAUAUGAAUACCCAUGGCAAUGAGAAACCAUAUAGUUGUGACAUUUGUAGCUCAAGAUUUACAAAACAAUCAUCCGUAAAAAAACAUAAAUUAAUACACACUGGUGAGAAACCAUAUCCGUGUGAAUGCUGUGAAAUGAGAUUUAUUUCUUCUAACCACAUGAAACGCCAUAUGCGAACACAUACCGGAGAGAAACCAUACGCUUGUAAAUAUUGCGAAAGAAAAUUUGCUCAAUCAAAUGAUAUGAUAAAACACCUUCGAUCGCAUAUAGGGGAGAACGUCUAUAAAUGCGAAGAGUGUGAUCAAUCUUUCAGGUUGAACACAGAAUUAAAAAAACAUAUCGCUGAGCAUUAUCAAGCUAAUAAAAGUAACUAAUUUUCUCAUUUUGUA